GGAAACCGGUCAAGAUCGACCUGCGGGAGGAGCUGGACAUGAAUCAUAAAGGAAGACCCAAAAGACACUGGUGUGAUGAUUGCAAGCAAGUGUUCACCACUUCAUCAAACCUGAAGAUUCAUAAGAAAACUCACACUGGUGAUAAACCGUACAGCUGUGAUCAGUGUGGAGCAGUUUUUGCCCAAAAAGGUAACUUAAAGCAACACCAACGUAUUCACACUGGAGACAAGCCUCACAAAUGUGAUCAGUGCGGAGCGGCUUUUGCCCAGCAAGGUGCUUUAAGGAUUCACCAACGUAUUCACACUGGAGAAAAGCCUUACAGAUGUGAUCAGUGUGGAGCGGCUUUUGCCCAUCAAGGUGCUUUAAGGACUCACCAACGUAUUCACACUGGAGAAAAGCCUUACAGAUGUGAUCAGUGUGGAGCGGCUUUUGCCCAACAAGAUAAUUUGACGACUCACCAACGUAUUCACACUGGAAACAAACCAUACAGAUGUGAUCAGUGUGGAGCGGCUUUUGUCCGACAAGGUCAUCUAAAGCGACACCAACGUAUUCACACUGGAGAAAAGCCUUACAAAUGUGAUCAGUGUGGAGCGGCCUUUGUCCAGCAAAGUGCUUUAAGGAGGCACCAACGUAUUCACACUGGAGAAAAGCCUUACAGAUGUGAUCAGUGUGGAGCGGCUUUUGCCCAACAAGAUACUUUGACGACUCACCAACGUAUUCACACUGGAAACAAACCAUACAGAUGUGAUCAGUGUGAAGCGGAUUUUGCUCAGCAAAGUGCUUUAACGAGUCACCAACGUAUUCACACUGGAGAAAAGCCUUACAGAUGUGAUCAGUGUGGAGCGGCUUUUGCCCAUCAAGGUGAUCUUAGGAAACACCAACGUAUUCACACUGGAGAAAAACCUUACAGAUGUGAUCAGUGUGGAGUGGCUUUUGCCCGGCAAGAUAGUUUGAAGAUUCACCAACGUAUUCACACUGGAGAAAAACCUUACAGAUGUGAUCAGUGUGGAGCGGCUUUUGCCCAUCAAGGUGAUCUUAGGAAACACCAACGUAUUCACACUGGAGAAAAACCUUACAGUUGUGAUCAGUGUGGAGCGGCUUUUGCCCAUCAAGGUGCUUUAAGGAGGCACCAACGUAUUCACACUGGAGAAAAGCCUUACAGAUGUGAUCAGUGUGGAGCAGCUUUUGCCCAGCAAGGUCAUUUGACGACUCACCAAUGUACUCACACUGGAAACAAGCCUUACAGAUGUAAUCAGUGUGGAGCUGCUUUUGCCUGGCAAGGUCAUUUGAUGACUCACCAACGUAUUCACACUGGAAACAAGCCUUACAGAUGUGAACAGUGUGGAGCGGCUUUUGCCCAGCAAGGUCAUUUGACGAUUCACCAACGUAGUCACACUGGAGAAAAGCCCUACAGAUGUGAUCAGUGUGGAGUGGCUUUUGCCCGGCAAGAUAGUUUGAAGAUUCACCAACGUAGUCACACUGGAGAAAAGCCUUACAGAUGUGAUCAGUGUGGAGCGGCUUUUAGCCAAUCAAGUCAUCUAAGGAGUCACCAACGUAUUCACACUGGAUAAAAAGUGUACAUUUGUGAUCAGUGCUGAUAUCAUUUAUUUUGAGAGUUCAGUUAAAAUG